AUGUCUGUCAAAGUGAAAAAGCAGGAGAACUUACCCCCGCUAAUAACCUCACCCCUUCCCAAAUCCCAAUUCACCUACAAAAACUUACGCGACUUGAACAACCCAAAAUAUGCAUAUCUACUGCCCCUUUCCACAAUUGCCUUAGUUGAUUUGAAUGCCUUCUUUGCCCAAGUAGAAACUAUCCGUAUGGGACUCACAGAAGACGUCCCAGUAGUGUGUCAACAAUGGAAAGCCAUCAUUGCCGUCAGUUACGCAGCACGUAAAUUUGGAAUCAACAGAAUGGAUACAGUGGAAUCUGCACGAGCCAAAUGUCCUAAUCUAGUUUGCGCCCAUGCCGGUGUUUACAAAAAGGGAGAUCGACAUUGGACGUAUGAAGAAGGUCAACCUGAUCCUGUUAAUCAUAAAGUUAGCUUGGAUAAUUAUCGACGUGAGAGUAGAAAAGUUUUACGAAUUAUUCAGAGCAAAUUUGAUUUGGUAGAGAAAGCUAGUGUUGAUGAGAGCUAUAUCGAUUUAGGUCGACCAAUCUAUGAAAUCCUUUUGGAGAAAUUUCCUGAGUUGAAUAUUAAUGCUGGCAAUGAUGAAUCACUACCGAGUAUUCCCAAAACACUUCCACAGGAUAUACAAUGGCAUGGAACUGUAAUUGAGUCAGAAAGGGAAAUCGCCGAUCCGCAGAAUGUCCAACCACCACAAAUUUUUGACUGGGAUGACGUCGUACUCGCUAUUGGUUCCCAAUUUUUGUUGGAUCUUCGACAAGCAAUUUAUGAUGAAUUAGGCUACACUACAUCCGCAGGGCUUGCAAGAAAUAAGUUGGUGGCAAAGUUGAGUGGUGGAUUCAAGAAACCCGAUGACCAAACAAUUGUUCGAAACUGUGCUUUAAAUCGGUUUCUAAGCAAUUUCGAAUUGACAGAUGUAACUGGAAUGGGCGGGAAAUUGGGUGAACAAUUGAUCAACAAAUUUGAAGUGCCGCCUGAUCGAAACUCAAUUGCAUUUAUCAGAGAAAAUUACACCUUCGACAUGGUUAAGCAAGAACUUCGAGAGGAUGCAGAGUUGGCUUUGAAGUUGUACCAAAUUGUUCGAGGUUUAUAUUCAUCGGAAUUGACAGACAGAAUUGAAAUCAAAUCAAUGAUGUCAACAAAGAACUUCCUUGGAUCCAAGGGGUGGACAUUGGCUGAUGCAUACGAUUGGCUAACUGUUUUCUCUGGUGAUUUAAGUAAUAGAUUAACUGACUUGGACAAUGAAUCAAUGGAAUUGUCAUUGACAAAAAUGUCAAAUAAGGAAAAAGGGGUUUUGCGACGACCGAAAACCAUUACAAUUGGAGUGAGAUCCUUAUCAUUUGUAAGACAAACGAGACAAAUGUCAAUUCUGUUUUACAAAGAUAUUGAUAAAAUGAGAGAAUCAAUUAAAAAUUGUGGGUUUCAAUUGCUUCGAGACUAUUUGGAACACAACUCAAAUAUAAGCCUACUUAAUGGGGGCAAACCACCACGGGAAUUGUAUAAUAGUGAUCCUAAACUGGUCAAGAUUAUGGACAUGCACAACUUGUCAUUAACAAUUUCUAAUUUCGUUGCUUUGAAUGAUUCAGCAUUGAUUGAGUCGUUUGCGAAAAGGGGCAAAUCACAAACUGAUAAAGAGUUGAUAGAGAUCAAUGCAUUGUCAAAGAGAAGGAAAAUUGAAAUAGAGUCGAAAGCUCCACCAUCGGUAAAGAAAUCGAAUCCUAUAUCAUCAGAGCAAAAACAAACCAUAUCAAAACUAUUUCAAGAUUAUGAACAAGCAAACAUACUCAAUAGUGUCGAAUCUGAGUCUAAAGCGUUCUCGAAAUCAAAGUCACGGAAAAGCGAAAGCCCAACAAUAAACAAGAGAGACAUUUUUCAAACUUUACGGAAAAAGCCAGCUAAUCUACUUGAUUCCCUAUUACAAAAUAUGUAUUGUCCUCGAUGCAAGACUUCAAUCCAGGAUCCAGUAGAGCAUAAUGAUUUCCACAUUGCUAUGGAUUUGUCAGAGAAAUGGAAUAACUGA